AGCCAGAUAGGUCCAGAGACAGCUUAAACCUACCGAACCAUUUGCUCCCAGUGUUGGUUUAUCCAUCUCCGUCUCUCCGUUCCUCGUCGAUCAACUCCACCUGAAGAAUCUCCGAGUUUCUAUUGAACGACACACUUCAAUGGCGGAAUCUGUUUCUUCUCAAACUCCGUCGCUCUCGGAGCAAUAUCAUUUGGAGAAAGAAGUGAAGCCUGUUGAAGUGGCACCAGAGAUUACUACUACUACUCAAGAGGUUGAAGCCAAGGAAGAAUCUCCUGCCGAGGAAGCAGUUGAAGACAAGUCUAAAUCUCCUGAAGUGACUUCUGAAGAGGCUCCUGCCGCGACUGAAGAAGCUCCUGCUAAUGAGGAAAACACUAGUGAAGAAGUUGCCGAGGAGACUCCCGAUGAGAUCAAGCUUGAGACAGCGCCUGCUGAUUUCCGUUUCCCGACAACAAACCAAACUAGGCAUUGUUUCACGCGUUACAUUGAAUAUCACAGAUGUGUAGCUGCCAAGGGUGACGAAGCUCCCGAGUGCGAUAAGUUUUCAAAGUUUUAUCGAUCUCUUUGCCCCGGCGAAUGGGUUGAUAGGUGGAACGAGCAAAGAGAGAAUGGAACUUUCCCUGGUCCUCUUUAAGACACUCUCCUGCCUGAAGAAGAAUCUUCUUUUGAUGUUACCUUCAUGAUGUCAGAGCU